AUGGCCAUUCGAGAUCGUUUCCGUCGCGCCCUCCGCCGGUCCGAGGAGAACUCGGAUGCCAUCUCUCAGACAGAGAGCAACACGACGACAACGACAAACACGAGCGAUACGUCGUCCGUACACAAGUCGACGGCGAGCAGCAAGUUGGCAAGGACGUUUGCAUGGCAGCGACGCUCAAAAGACGAACCCGACAAGGAGGCGAAGCGGAACAGAAAGAACAGCAGGCUGCACCCCAGCCAGCGACCGCUCACGCUGCAGAACCUCAAGCAUCAAGAGAUGCUGAGCCAUUUCACCAUGACGUUUGGGGCCAGCGACCCCAGCCAGAUCGAAACGCUCAGCUUCGUCGGCGUCAGUCCGUGUUGCACUCGUGCGCCAAGCUUGGACAUGCAGAGGCAAGACACUAGGGGGUCCUCGCCGGCGUCGGACUUGCCGAAACCCGACUCGGACCGAGACUGA